AAUCGGAUUACACUGGAUGUAGUAGCAUCGAGUAUCGAGACCUGUCAACACCAACGCUGUUUUUUCUGAUUUACUUAUAUUUUAUCCACCGCUUCAAACUCACCGUUACGGGAAAAACAACAAUAACCUCAGAUUGAAAUUGAAUUCUUAUCCCAACAACUAUUUGUCUUUUGGAAUUAUUCUGAUUGUACAAAUAAUAACUUUAUUUACAUAGUACCAAGAAGUGAAUUCCGGAGAAAUAAUGGAUUUAGACGAGAUCCUAAGCAACUUUGGAUUGGGCUCAUAUCAAGUGACCAUCUGUGCUCUAAUGGGGCUCGUGCUCAUGUACUCAAACGUAUCACCGCUUAGUUACGCCAUUACAGCCAGUGACCUUAAAUACAGAUGUGAAGUUCCGCAAUGUGACUUCGAAAAUCCGAUUUACGAUCCGGUCUGGUUGAACCGAGUAGUACCUUUCAAAGAAAAGAACAUACAGCCAUACAAAUGCCUCAAGUACCACUACCGGCAAACCAACGAGUCGGACGUCUCUGCCAAUAAUACGUGUAAUUUCGAAGCAUUCGAUGUUAAUUCGAAAGAGAAGUGCAACAAAUGGGUGUUUGGCGAAACGGAAAGAACGAUAGUGAACGAUUUUGGUAUUAUGUGCGAGGAAAACAAAUGGAAACUCAGUAUGGUGGGAACCGUCAACAGCAUUGGUCAGUUCGUCGGCAUUCCUUUAGCAGGAUUUAUUUCGGACAAGUAUGGACGCAAGUUUAUCUUGAUUAUAGGGUCAGUUUCGUCGGCCAUACUCGGCACUGUCCGGUCCUUCACUACUGAUUACUAUUCAUUCCUCCUCUUCGAACUUUUGGAUUCCAUCGCGUCCAGUGGAGUGUAUGCAGCCACGUUUGUAUUAGGUCUAGAAUUAGUCAGUCCGGAAUCCCGGGCUACCGUCAGUACUCUGAUGGGCUGUUUCUAUCCUAUGGGCGCGGUUAUCAUGGGCUUCGCAGCUUAUAUGAUUCUCGAUUGGCGGAUAAUGCUCAGGGUACUCUACUUGCCCGGACUACUCAUAUUAGGAUAUGCUUGGUACGUGCCAGAGUCUAUGCGAUGGCUUCAAACGCAAAACCGAAUCGAAGAAAUGGCCAAGGUUCUGUCAAAAGUUGCCGAAUCCAAUGGAAAAACCCUGCCGCCUAGCGUCAAAGAAGCACUGAUCGCCAACACCAAAGCCAACGCCAACCCAACGAACGAGGCGGACGAACAUCAAUUGUCCUGUAGUAGAUUAAUGAGUAAAAUAUUUAGUUCAAAGGAGAUUUUCCUGCGGCUGAUCAACUGUUCGUUUUGCUGGACAACGAUUACGUUAGUUUAUUACGGCCUCUCGUUAACUUCUGUGGAGUUCUCCGGUAACAAAUACUUGAACUUUAUGCUUGUAAACAUUGUAGAAGUACCAGCGUUUUUGACAUCAUGGUACUUUAUGGAACACUUUUCCAGACGAAAUACCCAAGCGUUUUCAUUCCUCUUCAGUGGCAUCGGAUGUAUUAUGGUCAACUUAAUACCUACGGAUUAUUUAUCGGUGAAACUGUUCUUGUUCUUGAGCAGCAAGUACGCCAUCACCAUGGCAUUUAAUACCAUGUACGUGUUCACUGCAGAGAUGUUCCCCACCGAACUGCGUAUGUCACUGUUCGGCAUAGCUUCCAUGUUUGGUCGAAUGGGUUCCAUGUUCGCUCCACAAAUGUCGUUGUUGGGCGCCUAUUUUGGACAAUACGUGCCGAUCUUGUUGUUCGGAAUCAUAUCGUUUGUGGCCGGGGCGUUAGCUUUCUUGUUCCCGGAAACAAAAGAUCAAAAGUUACCCGAUACAGUAAAACAAGCUGAAUUCGUCGGAGAGGUCUAAAACGAUUCGAAAUGGUUCGUAAAUUCCACGGGAGUGCGCCGCGAGAAAACACCGGUUGCAGUCGUGCCUUAUGACAUUUGUAUAUUAGUUUUAUUUUUAAAUAAUGAUUCCAUGUGUCUCAUAACGUAUUAAUUUAUUUUUAUAAUUAUCUAACGCUAAGCAAUAGUAUUUUUUAAACCUUAACUGGAGGAAAUAAGUUUCUAUAUAACCAUUAAGUCCACAUCAUUCAUAAUAUGUACUAACUCCACUAACUGUGUAUGUAUGUAAUAUAUAUUAUACACACAUUAUACAAUACUGGAUUAUAUUUAAUGUAUGCACAUUACAUAAUAAUAUAAUGUAAUGGUAAAAAAUAUCUCAACAAAUUCCAUUUCAUCACCCUUUUUCAGGUGUUAUUUUUUAUAUUUCUGAAAUUUCUGUGAUAUUAAAUAUUAUGUAUUAAUUACAUAAUUUUAAAUUAAAAAAAAUUAUAUGUUGUUUUACUAUAUAGUAUAUAAUAAUUAUGUAUUAUUUAUAGUUAAUAUAUAUUCAAGUGCUAAUAGUGUACCAACACUAUAAACAAAAUAUGUACUGUUAAUUUUAGCAAUAAUGUUGAUUAAUGAUUAUUGAUUAUUAUUGCAAUAUUAUAUUUUAAUAGGAAAUAAUUAUAUGAAUGUAUAUUAUCAUAAAUAAGCUUAAGAAAUUAAAGACAUCAUAUUAUUAUAUUAUUUUAGUUGAAGUUCUAUGGUAUAUAAUAUAAUAUUUUUAUUUAAAAAAAAAUCAUUGUUUACAAAUUUGAUGUAUCGACCAUUUUUGUUAUAAAAUUUAAUAAAACACUAUUAUAAUAUAUUAUCAUGUUUUUUUUUCUGAAUUUGUUAUAGAAAUAAAUAUAAUUUUAAUCAAUAAAAUAA